AUGAAAGCAGGGAUCAAAAAUGUGUCAAUAAUACGGCAUAGCAGAACAUUGCUCAAUUACAGAUAUCAGUCUACGAACUCGACUACUAUAAACAAUUCUUCACAAAUAAAUGAUGAUCCAUACAAUAUAAACAUAAAAACCAAGAAUUCCAUUCAUCCUACAACCCCUGCACGAACCAGGUUCGCACCAUCUCCAACUGGAUAUUUACAUUUGGGAUCAUUAAGAACAGCACUAUAUAAUUAUCUACUAGCUAAAAACACGGGAGGUUCGUUUAUUUUAAGAAUUGAAGAUACUGAUCAAUCCAGAUUAAUUAAAGAUGCAGAAAAAAAUAUUUUUGAUACUUUAAAAUGGUGUAAUUUAUCAAUUGAUGAAAGUUCACAAGAUGGUGGGAAACACGGGCCAUAUAGACAAUCCGAGAGGAAAGAAAUUUAUUCAAAAUAUGCACAAAUCUUGUUAGAUAAAGGAUUAGCUUAUAAAUGUUAUUGUUCAAAAGAAAGGUUAAUUGAAUUAAGAGAAUCAGCUAAAUUAUUAAAACCCCCAACUAAUGUAACAUACGAUAGGAAAUGUUUUAAUGAAAAACAUCAACCUCAGGAAAAACCAUAUGUAAUAAGAUUUAAAUCACCACAUAAAUAUCCCGAAUUUAAAGAUUUGUUGCAUGGAGAAUUAAAUUUACAACCACAAUAUAAUUCAAAAGAUCAAAGAUUCGAUGACUUCAUAAUUAUAAAAAAUGAUGGUAUGCCAACAUAUCAUUUUGCUAAUAUUGUAGAUGAUCAUCUUAUGGGAAUUACUCAUGUUAUAAGAGGUGAAGAAUGGUUAGCAUCAACUCCAAAACACAUGGCAUUAUAUAAAGCAUUUGAGUGGUCACCACCUCAAUUUAUACAUAUACCGUUGUUAACUUCUUUAGAGGAUAAAAAAUUAUCAAAACGGAAAGGAGAUUUUAAUAUUUUCGAAUUAAAAAAUCAAGGAAUUAUACCACAAGCUUUAAUUAAUUUUGUAGCAUUAUUUGGUUGGUCACCUGCUAGAGAAUUAAAUGAAAAGACAAGUGAAGUAAUGACGCUAGAGGAGUUGGUUGAAAAUUUCUCAUUAGAUCAUCUAACUAAAGGUAAUGCAAAAGUAAAUCAACUGAAAUUAUUCUACUUCCAAAAAGAGCACUUUGCAAAUAUUAUUGAAGAAAAUGGUGAAGAAUUCACAAAUCUCAUACAUGAUUAUUAUCCUGAAUUUACUAAAUUUAGUAAUGGUAGAGAUGAACAAUAUUUAAGUGAAAUUACGAAGGUAUUAGCCCCGAAUAUUACAAAAAUGUCAGAUAUUGAACAACAUAAAUAUUUGAUUGGUGAUAUUGAUUACUCGAACUCAAAAUCACCAAAAGACGUUCAUUUAACUAACAAAAUACUCAAUCAGGUAAUUGAAAAUUAUGAAAAUUCUUCUUCUUUGGACGAGGUAAUUGACAAUAUACUAAAAAGUGGAGACUUUAAGAAAAAAGACGUAUUUAUCACAUUGCGGACUUGUUUGAGUGGUGGACAAAGUGGAUUACCAAUUCCUGAAUUAAUCAAUUUAUUAGGAGAUGAAGAAUGUAUAAAUAGAAUGAAAAAAUAUAGAGAUACAAUAAAUUUGUAA